AUGGCCGCGGCGCCCAGGCGGGUGCUGUACGUGGGCGGGCUGGCGGAGGAGGUGGACGAGAAGGUGCUGCACGCCGCCUUCAUCCCCUUCGGGGACAUCACCGACAUCCAGAUCCCGCUGGACUACGAGACCGAAAAGCACCGGGGAUUCGCCUUCAUUGAAUUUGAGCUGGCGGAGGAUGCAGCGGCAGCUAUUGACAACAUGAAUGAGUCUGAGCUCUUUGGCAGGACAAUUCGUGUGAACUUGGCCAAACCAAUGCGAAUUAAGGAGGGAUCAUCCAGGCCUGUUUGGUCAGACGAUGACUGGCUGAAGAAGUUUUCGGGGAAGACUCUGGAGGAGAACACAGAGGAGACAGGAGCAGAGGCCCCCAAACCAGAGGUGCAGGAGGGCGAGCCUCCUGCCAAGAAAUCCCGGGUCAACCCUCAGGUUUACAUGGACAUCAAGAUCGGAAACAAACCCGCGGGGCGGCUGCAGAUCCUCCUGCGCUCAGAUGUGGUGCCCAUGACCGUAGAGAAUUUCCGCUGCCUCUGCACCCACGAGAAAGGCUUCGGCUUCAAAGGGAGCAGCUUCCACCGCAUCAUCCCCCAGUUCAUGUGCCAGGCCGGCGACUUCACCAACCACAACGGCACCGGCGGCAAAUCCAUCUACGGGAAGAAGUUUGAUGAUGAAAACUUCAUUCUCAAACACACGGGACCAGGGCUGUUAUCGAUGGCAAACUCUGGUCCAAACACCAACGGCUCCCAGUUUUUCAUCACUUGCGAUAAAACAGACUGGCUGGACGGGAAGCACGUGGUGUUCGGGGAGGUGACGGAGGGCAUGGACGUGGUGCGGCAGAUCGAGGCUCAGGGCACCAAGGAUGGGAAACCGAAGCAGAAGGUGAUCAUCUCGGACUGCGGGGAGUGCCCGUGAGCUCGG